UCAGCUCAACGGGCAACAACUCUCUGGCCAGGGUCGUUGUGGCCUCAUCGGGUCAUGGCGUGUUUUCCCACCAGUCAAGCCAUUGUGGUGGGCGGCGGCCUUGGAGGAAUGUCCGCGGCCAACACCGUGGUGGAGCAUGGUGGCCGAGUGGUUUUGCUGGAUAAGAGUUCCUUCUGCGGUGGCAACAGCACCAAAGCGACCAGUGGAAUCAACGGUGCAGGCACCAAGACGCAAAAGGCCAAGGGGAUCCCCGACAACGCUGAGAUCUUUACACAGGACACCCUGAAGGGCGGUGCUAAGAAGCCGGAAUUGGCGAAGCUCUUGUGCGACAACAGCGCUGACGACGUGGACUGGCUGGUGGAGAAGUUCAAUUUGGACCUGUCGUUGGUGGCGCGUCUGGGAGGACACUCGCAGCCCAGAACGCACCGAGGAAAGGAGCGAUUCCCAGGGAUGACCAUCACCUACGCCUUGAUCCAGAUGUUGGAGAAGGUGGCCGAAAAGACGGACCUUGCCAGGAUCGUCACCAAGGCCAAGGUCUUCAAGCUUGUCACCGAGGGUAACGUCUGCGUGGGCUGCGUCUACGAAAAGGGCGGCCAGAAUUUCCAGGAGUUCGGCCCAGUGAUUUUGGCCUCAGGCGGCUUCGGCGCUGACUUCACCAGCAACUCGCUGUUGGCGCAGUACCGCCCGGAUCUGCUACAUUUGCCGACCACCAACGGAGAACAUUGUACCGGCGAUGGCAUCAAGAUGGGUGAGGCGAUUGGCGCCAAGUGCAUCGACCUGGAAUGGGUUCAGGUGCAUCCCACAGGCUUGGUGAAGCCCGAUGAUGCGGAUGCGAAGAUCAAGUUUUUGGCGGCUGAGGCGUUGCGUGGCGUGGGUGGGCUGAUCCUGAACGCCGAGGGCAAGCGCUUCUGCAAUGAACUGGGCCGUCGCGACUACGUGACCGGCGAGAUGUGGAAGAGCAAACCUCCAUUCAGGCUGUGCUUGAACAAGGCCGCAUCGGAGGAGAUCAUCUGGCACUGCAAGCAUUACACCGGCCGCGGGGUGAUGAAGUACUACGAGACAGGCGACGACUUGGCCAAGGACAUGGGCGUGAGCAUCAGCGUCUUGGAGCAAACUCACGAGGAGCAUUACCAGGCGGCCAAGAAGACUGAGACGCAUCCGGACGAUGGACAGUGGCCAGCCUAUCCCUCCGGCAAGUCUCACGAUGAGGCAAGUGGCAAGACAGGCAGCGGCAAGAAGUUUUUCCACAACAUCCUGCCAGGCUCAGGCGUGAAGCACGAGCCGUUCUACGUGGCCAUCAUCACACCAGUGAUCCACUACUGCAUGGGUGGCUUGCUGAUUGACACGGACAGCGCCUGCAUUGGGCCCAACGACAAAGCCAUCCCCGGGCUCUAUGCUGCUGGCGAGGUGGCAGGCGGCGUGCACGGCAACAACCGCCUGGGUGGCAAUUCUCUGUUGGACUGUGUGGUCUUCGGCCGAGUGGCGGGCAAGGCUGCGGCGAAGUACAUGCUGGGGGCAGACCUGAAGGACGUGGACCUGCGGGAGCUCACUGGUGGUGGCUUGACCGGUGCCGUGGAGUCCUCCAAAUUGGCCGGCGGCAGCUACGAGGACAAGAUGAAUGCGGCGCCGGUUGCGGCAGCGGCGCCCAUCGCCAACGGCGGUGGUGGCGGCGGUGGCAUCAGCAUGGCAGAUGUGGCCAAGCACAACAGCAAGACAGAUUGCUGGGUGGUGGUUGAUGGCCAGGUUUUGGAUGUGACCAGUUUCCUGAGCGACCACCCUGGGGGAGAACUGGCUAUCCUGACCUUCGCCGGAAAGGAUGCUACGGAGGAGUUCAACAUGAUCCACCCCCCUGACGUCAUCGGCAAGUACGCUCCGGAUUCCGUCAUUGGCAGUUUGGGCGGUGGCGGCGGUGCCGUUGCGGCUGGUGGCGCACCUGCCGCAGGCGGAGCACCAGGAAUUCCCAUGACGGAAGUGGCCAAACACAACAGCAAGACGGAUUGCUGGGUGGUCGUGGAUGGACAAGUGUUGGAUGUGACCAGUUUCCUGAGCGAACACCCUGGUGGCGAACUGGCUAUCCUGACCUUCGCCGGAAAGGAUGCCACGGAGGAGUUCAAUAUGAUCCAUCCCCCGGACGUCAUCGGCAAGUAUGCCCCCGACUCGGUCAUCGGCAACGUGGGCAGCGGCGUGGCCGUUGCCGCGGCGGCGCCCAAAGCUGGUGGUGCUCCAGCGAGGAAGGACAAGGGUGGCCCCUUGUCGAACCACCACGCCUGGGGCCACUUGGACGGCGACACUCAUCCCAACUGGCGCACCGACAUCGACGACAACCCGGGCGUCUUUAUCCUGAAUGUGAAGUCCUACUUCAACGCCACCUGGUUUUUGGUCCUCGCCAUGCUCUACGAAGUGGGAGCCACGAUCUUCAGCGCGAAGAACAUCAAGAUCUCCAACGAUCGCCUGGGUUUGACGCGCUCCGCCAUUCUGCUGGUGCUCUUCAUCGUGAUCCAUGCGGUGGGCAACUUGCACGUCUUCAAAGGUCCGGAUGACUUCAACGGCUACGGCUACUUCUACGUGCGCCUCUACUGGACGGGCUUCGGGCUGCCGGCCAACAUCGUGGAGGAGUACAUCCUGCUGUCCGUGCUGUUGCACGUCUUCGUGGGGCUGAAGCGCACCUGGGACAUGAAGCUAGCCCUGGUAGGCUCGCAGGGCGUCAACGUGCUCAACCUGGCCAUCACAGGUCUGAUGCUGCUGACCUUCAUGACCAUCCACCUCUUCCAGUUCCGCUUCGGCGACACCGAUCAGUUCGGCCCCUACUACAUCCGCCCACCGCCAUACUUGAUCAACUUCUGGGGCAUCCUGUCGUUGAACCUCUUUUGGACGGAUGCCAGUUAUGUGGAGCCGGUGGGCGUGCGAGAUAUCUAUGCCCUGGAGUUCCAGAUCUUCAAAAAUCCCAUGUGGUCUUUCUUCUACAUAUUCUCUGUGGCCAUCUUCAUGAUCCACGCUUGCCUGGGAUGGAAGAAGGUGACUCCAGUGCUGGGCAUUCCCCGCGGACACAUUCAACGGGUGGAGAUUUUGGGCUAUGCCAUCAUGAUCAUCAUGGGCUUGGUCUACAUCAGCUUCCCUCUCUAUGUCAUGGCAACCAAGCCCUUCAGCGGCUAUGAGGACGGUAUUCAAAUUCCCGGACGCACGGAAGGUCCCUAGGACGGCGCUCGGAACCGUCGAGGACUGCACUGGCGCCGCGCAACGUCUGCCGCGUCGGGUGCUGAGCCGCGUCGUCUGCCGCGAGCAGAAACGUCAAUGUCGCCGCGGUCAACGAAGGAAGCAACACAA